UUGAGUACAAAACAUGGACGAACCAGUCAGAAAGAAACAUCGAGCACGACAAUCAGGAACGAAGGCAGACAAAAAGAAGGCAACCAAGCGAAAGAACGAAGACAAACGCAAUGAUCCAUCUCGAAAUCCGAAAGCCUUCUCGAUUCAAAGCGCGAAAAAAGCGGCUCGAAUGGUUCAGAGAACUGCCGACAUUCAGGCCAAAAAACAGCACGUUCCGUCGGUUGAUAGAACGCCAUUAGAACCCUCACCUAUUCUACUGGUUGUUGUCGGUCCGCCCAAGGUGGAAAAGAGUACGCUGGUGAGAGAAUUGCUGAAGAACUGGACGAGACAGAAUGUGGGGGAGAUAAGAUGCUCCAUCACUGUUGUGUCGGGAAAGAAACGACGAGUGACGCUUGUGGAGUGUCCGAAUGAUAUGAGUGCGAUGAUCGAUGUGGCAAAGGUGGCGGAUUUGGUUUUGUUGUUGAUUGAUGCCAGUUUUGGAUUUAAGAUGGAAGUGUUUGAAUUUCUCAAUAUUUGUCAAGUUUAUGGGUUUCCUCGGAUUAUGGGAGUUCUUACUCACCUGGACACAUUCAAAAGUGUCAAGCAAAUGAGAUCAACUAAGAAGCAAUUGAAACACAGAUUUUGGACUGAAAUUUAUCAAGGAGCGAAGCUGUUUUAUUUAUCCGGUUUGGUUCACGGUUCGUAUCCAAAGUUAGAAAUCCAUAAUUUGGCUCGAUUUAUCUCCGUCAUGAAAUUUCAUUCAUUGCAAUGGCACACAACAAACCCAUACUGUGUAGCCGAUAGAAUGGAAGAUUUGACAGAUCAAGAAGUUAUAUGACAAAAUCCAAAGACCGACAGGCAUGUCUGUCUCUAUGGUUACGUGAGAGGAACACACAUGAAACCUCGAUCUCAAGUUCACGUUCCAGGGUGUGGAGACUUCAUGCUGCAUGAUGUCAGUACACUAAGUGAUCCGUGUCCACUUCCAGAGCAGCUGAAGAAACGAUCACUGAACGAGAAGGAGAGACUCAUUUAUGUUCCAAUGUCCGGACUUGAUGGAAUAGUAUAUGAUAAGGAUGCUGUGUAUAUUGAUAUGCGACAAGCACAAAGAUGGCAGGUAGAUGAGUAGGAACCAUCGAAUGAAAUGGUGUCACUAUUAAUGGACACAAUGAAUACGGUUGAUGCUAAAAUGGAAGCUAGUCAACUGAGAUUAGUUACAGAAGCAUUGAGCAAGACCGUAAAGGUGAUGAAAACGAAACAGCAAAACAAUGAUUCAUUGUGAUGUAAGUUUGAAGAUUGAAA